UCUGGGUGAAUCAGAGGCCCCCGGCGCGCACAACGUGCUGCGGGACGAGAGGCGUUGGCCCCAGCUCCCAGCGCCCGGACGCUGGAGGGAGGAUCACAUCCGGCGGGAGGGGGCGGGCUUCGUGGACCCCGGAAGUGUGGGCUCCGGCUGCGAUUUAACCCGCGACGGCGGUGGCGGCGACGGCGGCGGCAGGGGGAAAGAUGGAGACCCUGAAAGACAAGACCCUGGAGGAGCUGGAGGAGAUGCAGAAUGACCCGGCGGUCAUCGAGCGGCUGGCCCAAGACAUCCCUGAGGUCCAGGACCUGCAGCUGGAGCGGGAGAUGGCACUGGCCACCAACCGGAGCCUGGCCGAGCAGAACCUGGAGUUCCAGGGUCCCCUGGAGCUCAGCCGCUCGAACCUCUCGGACAAGUACCAGGAGCUCCGGAAGCUGGUGGAGCGGUGCCAGGAGCAGAAGGCAAAGCUGGAGAAAUUUUCUUCAGCACUGCAGCUAGGGACCUUGCUGGACCUUCUGCAGAUAGAAAGCAUGAAGAUUGAAGAAGAGUCUGAGGCCAUGGCUGAGAAGUUCCUGGAGGGCGAGGUGCCCUUGGACACGUUUCUGGAGAACUUCUCCUCCAUGAGGAUGCUGUCCCAUCUGCGCCGGGUUCGCGUGGAGAAGCUCCAGGAUGUGAUGAGGAAGCCCAGGGCCUCCGUGGAGCUGGCUGGGGGCGCCCCUCCUCCCCGCCCACCUCCCCCGUCUCUCCCGGGCCCCCAGGCCACGCCCCCUGUCUCCGAAGAUCAGCAGCCACCGGAGGCCCCUCCCUACCCGUUGCCCUACAGCCCCUCUCCAGCCUUGCCCGUGGGCCCCACCCCACAAGGGGCGCUCCCACCGGCCCCGUUCCCUGUGGUGUCCCAGCCCUCUUUUUCCUACAGCGGGCCUUUGGGUCCCCCGUACCCGUCAGUCCAGCCAGGACCCAGGGCUGCCGCGGGCUACUCCUGGUCCCCACAGAGGAGCAUGCCGCCCCGGCCGGCCUAUCCCGUGGCCCCCGCUGGUGCCUCCGGCCCUGGGUACCCCGUGGCGGGGGGCCGGGCCCCCGGUCCUGGUUAUCCUCAACAGCCCCCCUACCUCUCCACAGGAGGAAAACCUCCGUACCCAACACAGCCCCAGCCCUCAGGCCCCCUUCAGUCGCCCUAUCCCCCUGGGCCUGCCCCUCCCUAUGGUUUUCCACUGCCUCAGGGUCCUGCCUGGCCUGGGUAUUAGGCACCGUCCUGGCCCUUGGCCCUUCCCUACUUCCACCAGUACCACAACCUUUGGCCCACCCCCUGCUGAGACUCGAGGGCCAACUGGAAGUGGAGUUGGCUCCCCGUGGACUUGUGUCAUGCGUGGGGGCCUGGAGGGACCUGGCUGGGAGCACACAGGCCUGGCAAGGCACCGGGCAGUGUGACUGGCUUGGCUCUGCCAGACGGUCCCAGUGCUUGCUGGCCUCCUGGGGGAAGGGCGCGCCUGGUUUCGGUGACUGGCUUUGGCUUUCCUGGUUCUCACCGGGCAGGGCGUUCGGUCCUCUCUGUGAGCUGCUCACCCCCUCCCUCUCCUCUGGGAUUUGGCACGUUCGACCGAGGUACCCACGCUAAGGGAUGCAGCUCUCUGUGUCUCUUGGGUCCAUUCAAGGAUGGCCUGCCCCACGCACACCAUGGCAGGGUUGGAUCAGGGGGAGAGAACAGAGUUAGGAAAAACAGUUAAUGAUUUUUAAGUCACGCACAACCAUAAUUGAACCCCGACA